AUGAAAAAUAUGGAAGCGCAGGCCUCAGAGCCUUUGUCCAAAAACACAGAGAGUACGGCAGAUCACGACUCCACGGAAAUCACCUCGCUUUGGAAACUGGCCCCUGUCACAGUCGCCUUAUGCACUACUCUAUUUUGUGUUUCCUUGGACGCUACAAUCAUUGCGACGGCUAUUCCCAAGAUCACGACCUACUUUGAUUCACUCAACGAUGUAGCCUGGUAUGGCAGCUCCUACAUAUUCACCACAAGCGCCAUGCAGCUCAUUUUCGGCAAACUAUACACUUUCUAUCCCUCAAAAUGGGUCUUUUUGGCCGGGCUGCUCGUUUUUGAGAUCGGAUCACUCAUCUGCGCUGUGGCACCUACCUCCAAUGCUCUUAUUGUGGGAAGAUGUAUUGCGGGCCUGGGAGGCGCGGGGCUUUUCUCUGGAUGCUUGAUUAUCGUGGCAACGACAGUCCCACUGCGGAUUCGCCCAAUAUAUAUGGGACUGGUUUCGAGUAUGCAUGCAAUUGCGAGUGUUGCAGGUCCACUAAUGGGAGGUGCAUUGACAGAUCAUUUGUCUUGGAGAUGGUGCUUCUAUAUCAAUCUUCCCUUCGGUGGCCUUGGAUUGUUUUGCAUUCUCAUCUUCCUCCCCUCGAACGCAGAUUCCAUUCAGCGUGUAGACUGGAAAACGCAAUUGAGGCAAUUUGAUUUGCCUGGCACGAUCUUCUUGAUUCCAUCUAUCAUUUGUCUCAUAUUUGCCUUACAGUGGGGUGGAUCGCUUUAUGCUUGGGACAGCGCUCGCAUCAUAGCCUUGUUUGUGGUUUCCGGCGUGACUUUUGGUGUUUUUCUUGGAAUCCAAGUGUGGCAGAAAGAUCAAGCAACAAUUCCCAUUCGGUUGAUGAGAAAUCGAAAUGUCUGGGGUGCUGCUUGGUAUGGAAGCUGCAUUUCGUCGACAUCGUUUAUCUUCACGUACUAUCUCCCAAUCUGGUUCCAAGCCAUCAAAGACAAAUCUGCUACCGACUCUGGUAUCGCCAAUCUUCCAAGCUUGAUCAGCAUGGUACUAUUUGCGAUCAUUGGAGGUAUACUCGCUUCGGCCAUUGGAUACUACACUCCCCUUCUAUUGGUAUCCUCUGUCCUUACGUCCAUUGGAGGCGGCCUGCUGAGUUGUUUGGAAGUCGACUCAAACAUAGGCCAUUGGUUUGGCUACCAAGUACUUAUGAAUGCCGGAGUAGGUGUCGGCGCCCAGAAUGCCCUGCUUGUCGCUUCUGUUGCUGUUGCGCCCGCUGAUCUGGCAAUGACCACGUCGAUCCUGACCUUCGUCCAAACUCUGUCAAGCGCGAUAUUACUUCCCAUAGGGCAAAGUGUCUUUCAGAAUCAGUUGUCGGCGAACCUGAUAUCAUAUUUACCUGAUGUCGAUGUCGCUUUGAUUUUGCACAGUGGUGCCACCGGAUUCCGGGAUCACUUGAAGUCCAAUCAAUUACCUUUGGCUUUGCAGGCAUACAACAAAGCGCUUUGUCAGACGUUCUAUGUGGGCGUGGCAACUGCGGCACUUUCAAUCCUUGGGCCAAUAUUCAUGGAAUGGCUAUCAUUGAAGCCUCAAGUUGAGGCGAAGAAAGAUGAUCAAUCUUCCAAAAGCAGUAUUGACGAGCCAACCCAGAUGAACUCCGAAGAUAAGCCCACCGAAAGUGUUUAA